AUGGCCUCGAAAGCAUUUGGAAACGGGCUCAAGGAGCUACGCUUCCUGUUUUGCCAGACUAGCGAGCACAGCGCUGCGACAAGGAACUUCCUCACCCGAAGCUAUCCCGCCAUGAAGAAGGCCAACCCGUCGAUUCCUAUUAUGAUCCGAGAAGCCAGCGGCACCGAGCCCACAGUCUUUGCGAGAUUCGAUUUCGGAAAGGAGAGGAAGUUGCCGCUCAAGGGCCUCGACGACAAGGCCAUCGAGCAACAAGUAUCAGAACUGGUACAGAAGGGCGCAUGA